GUGUGAACUUUCGCAAGUACAUACCUCCAAAGUUCGAUGCGACCAACUCAGCUGUGUACAGGUUGAUACAUGAGCUGGAGGAGAAAUCGAAGAAGGGAGUUGCUGAGAGACCCGAAAAAGUGCAUGACCUUGAUAAAUAUUACAAUGCACCAAUUUCUAAGAGGCAUUUCUUCGCGGCUACUCUAUCUGAAAACCAAGCUGUAUGCUAAUCCGAAUAGCAAGCCUCAACCAUGAACUUGCUGGCCUGAUUUUGAGAAGUUCAUCUCACUGGAUAGAAAAUGUUUCAAACUUAUAUGUAUUAUCAAAUUUUAUCCAUGAGAAAUUGAUAAAAAUUAUGAACCUGUAUCUUCAACUGCGUUUUUAAUAUACUCCAUGACUUGUUAGCGUGGUUACUGUAAAUCAAGAAAAUAUGGAUAUCAAGGAAAUCAACACAUAAUUAACAAAACUACAGGAAGAAUAAUACUCUUGCUAAUUUCAGAUUAUCAAGUCAUGUGAUCCUCUGAGAAAUAAUAUACAUUAAGUAUACGCGUAAGAGAAAUAUACGCAUUAAGUAAUUUGUAAGACUGCUGAAGCUCUACUGUGGAGAUUCCAUGCUAUGUGGAUCAAACAUUCAAGAUGACUGCAAAAUUUAUAUCUGUACAAGACAUGGGUUGAGCGGAUGAAACAUGGGAAGGACCUAUCGAAUAAGAAAGAAGCGGCGUUUGGCUUCCCCAGAUAGCACGGCCUACCGCAUCGGCAAGAGCAGCGGUGAAAUUGAUGGAUUCACAUCUCUGUCAGUGUGGAUGUCGAAGGAAGGAUGGAAACCAACUUGCAAAAUAGUUCCUGCCAUGUUUCCUGACACUGGCAGAGGAUUCGUUGCUAGGAAAAACAUUGAAUGCGAUGAUGUAAUAGUCAAAAUACCGGGCCAUCUACUCAUCACUGUGAAAACAGUGUCUGGUUCAAAGAUUGGCCGGCUUUUCAAUGAUAAGAAACCGUUCUCAGCUCAACAAGUGAUAUCUGCUUUUCUGAUGUGGCAAAAACAUGAAGGAGAAAAGGCGUUUUGGUGCAGUUACAUUACUUCACUACCCAGUUCCUCUUCAAGUCCUGUCAAUCUCCACGAGGAAGAACUUCAACUACUCCCUGAAUUCCUAGCUCGCCCAAUAAGAGCAGCUAAAGAAAACAUACUUGACCUCCACUUAGAUUUAAUUAAUUCCUUAGAUGAUUCUGAUGUUUGUGAUAAUUGUAAUGUACCUUUCACUGAAAUCUUUAGUUUAGAUAAUUUUAUGUGGGCCUGGUCCAUGGUGAAUUCUCGAGCAGUGUACAUUUCUCCCGAGCGUCAUUCAGAACAUCUGAUUAAUCUGUCGGAUGAGAACACUUUGGCUAUGGCUCCUUACCUGGACAUGUUCAACCACUCAUGCAAUGCCAAGGUGCAGGCGUAUAUCGAUGCUAAGGACGACUCCUACCAGAUAAGAACUUGUAAUUCCUACCUCAAAAACCAGCAAGUAUUCAUAAACUAUGGCUCUCAUUCCAAUCUGAAACUCUUCCUUGAGUAUGGCUUUAUCAUUCCCAACAACCACAACGAUGGAAUUCCCAUCUCUUAUGACAAUAUAAUAUCAGGUGUAACAAAGUAUUUCCCCUGUUUUAAAAUGUAUUCGGAUGUUUUGAAUAAGAGAUACAAGUUUUUGAAAAGCCAUGAAAUGCUCAACAAUCUGAACGUACAUGCAGAUGGCUUGUCGUGGAACACAAAGGUUGCCAUCUACAUCUUGACUUCUGCUGAAGAUGUCAGUCCUCGUGCUAUGCAACAGAAAGUGUUCUCCGGUUGUUUUGAAGAUCGAGAUUUGGAAAUAAUAUCGAAUGUAGGACUGUAUAUUGUUGCGAAUAAGAUAGUAGAAUAUCAAAAGACUCUACAGAGUUUUAAUGAUCGUGUGGGGAAACGUUUUACUGACAAUGCUUGUCUUAAAAUGGCUCGUGAUCUUUUACAAGAGUACCUGAAUGUGUUGGAUAAUAGUAGGGCUAGUUUUAACUUGUGACCUGUUAGAAGUUUGUGAACACCAAAUAUAAAUUACAAUAUUUGUAAAGUGUUGAUCUUUUAUAUAGUAAAUUUUCAUCCUAAUGAAUGCUGUUCUAUUCUAAUUCAGUUCAGUAAUCAUUGACAGGGUUUGAGUUGUAAAAAAUGUUACCUGUACCCUUUAAUAUAUUGUUUAACACAUGUACGUUUAACUUAUGUGUAUAAACUAUAAUGUUUUUCUAACUUUUUUGUGAUUCCUAAUGAUUCAUUAGUACUUAUAAUUGUUGAUUCCUUUUCAUCUUUAAAACCCAAUUAAUAUAACUCCGCCAUUUCAUUGUGUGCUCUUCUCUUCCGUCGCCGAAAUCGAUUUAAAAGAAUUUGAAUCUGCGAGUAAAAAUACAGAGGUAGGUAUUACAAACUGGACAAUCACUGAACAAUCCUUUAUUAAUAAUUUUAAGGGUAUUAUUGUACAAAGUAUACUAUUAAAAUUGUAAGAAUAUUGACUUUGGAAAUCGCAAGUAAAAUUAUUUAUGUUGUAGAGUAUAGAGUGUUGAAUAAUAAUUUUAAAUAAUGAAUUAAUUUUAAUUUUAUUAUUAUUAAUAUACCUUUCUAGUAAAAUACCUAUUUUAAUAGGGCUACUUGAAUGUUCAAUUAUAGAAAAUUACUAGUCAUGUAACACGGCCACUAUGUAACAUAUGUAACCAACCCUAUGUAACUAUGUAACCAUCAUGUAACACUAUUGGGCAGCAGUGUUUUGGCUACCAGUGUGGUGGUCGGGCUCGGCAUCCAACCAGCAGCCAAAAUAUUAUGUGGCUGCUAGGAUGGCUGCUCUAGUUUAAUAAGAGUGCCCAGUGAUGGAGCGAGUGACCGCCAGCCCGGCUGACUGUGUCACCUGGUUGCCUGGCUGCCUUCAAUACGGGGCCAACAAAUUUAUUGUAGAAAAACGGUGGAAUCUUUUCUUUCCAUUGUUAUGAAGAUUAUUCUUUUCGAAUGAGUAAUACUCAUACCAAUACUUUGGUAAUUAUGAAUUUUUAAAAUCCGAUUAAUAUUUUUUAGUAGUAUAAGAAAUAUAAUAUAAGAAGUAUAAGAAAUAGAACUAGGGUACUAGUAAUUUUCUAUAAUUGAUAUACCUUCAUAAUUGUGUAUUGAAGUAAUAUUUCUUUUCGCUGUGGCUACAGUUACGGUAACCGUAGCUCGUAUCGAGUUCCAGUAAACAUUUGAGCAUGCGCGGCUACCGCUAUUUACAUGUGCAUUGUGGUGCUUGUGGUUUUUGGUCACAUGGUUAUGAUUUCUAAGUAACUAACUAACUUCAUUAUUAACUAACUUAUUUCUAACUAACUUCAUUGAAACGAUAGGUUAUCAUAACCAUGUCACCAAAAAUCAUCAACACCACAAUGCACAUGUAAAUAGCGGUAGCCGCGCCUGCGCAAAUGUUUACCGGAACGCGAAUGGAGUUACGGUUACCGUAACUGUAGCCACAGCGAUUUCUUUUUCAUUGUUUUAGACAAUAGCAUUUCAGAAUUUUAUUGAUGUGAAUUGAAACCAUUGAACAUUAUUUUACAUUGAACAAGUUGAGAAAUACAAGAAAACCUCUUAAAAAAUUGAUUGAAAUUAUUAAGUUAGAAAUCCAUUAUAUUUAAAAUCGACGAUAUAUAUUUCGGGCAUCUUUUCAACAGUAACAUACCGUACAUAUUAGACAUAAAGAUGAAUUUUUUUUUUUAAUAAAUCUUUUAAAUAAGUAGACCCCGAAUUUUCCUUUAGUCCCAUUUAGCUAUGAAUGGAAUGUUUCCCAUGGUAAAGUGUAACUGUAUAGAGUAUAAUUAUUAUCAAUUGAUUCAUUCAAUAAACCAUAAGAUUGUCAUGUGUAGAAUAAUCAUAGCAUUUCACACCAGUUACCAAAUAAUAUAAGUCUGAUUUUGUUGUAUUUCCCCAUAGACUUAAUAAAAUCCAGAGAUAAAAUAAUUAUUUUUAAAAUCGUA